AUGGCUAUUAUUGAAGACUGGAGUGACGAUGAAACUGAAAUUGCUACAGUUACAAUUGUACCACCGGAAAAAGUUGACGAAAAUACCGAUGAAGAAGAUUUUGAUGAUGAUGUAAUAACUAUGGGUGAAUGCGAAGAUAUAGUGGAAUGUGCUGGAACAUUUGAGCUAGAUACGAUUGAAAAAUCUACAGGAGACUAUAUACAUCAAAAUGACCAUAUCGAAGAAGAUAACGUCACUGGUAUCGAAAUUUCGUCAGAUACAACACCAUCUACCUCAGAAAAUCCCUCCAAAAGGCAGCGAAUUGAGACAAAUGAAACACCAGUUAAAAAAUAUAAGCCCUUAUCAGCUUUUAGUAAGCCCAAGUGGGUGCAGAGAAAAAACCGUGACGGGACAUUCGAAUAUGAUAUUUCCCCUACAACCGAGCCAUUGGAUGAUGUUAAAAAAAACUUGGCAGAAACCUUCCAAAGCAAAACCCCAUUGGAAUUGUUUUCACUCUUUUUUGAUAACGAAGUCCUUGACAUGAUUAUCGAAGAAACAAGUAGAUAUGCUCAGCAGAAAAACGAACACUUUCGCAUUGAUCAAGUUGCUUUGAAGCGAUUUCUUGGUAUUUUAAUUUUAUCAGGAUAUCAUACUUUGCCGACAACUCUUGACUAUUGGUCAACAAACCCAACAUUAGGAGUACCUAUCGUGAAAGUAUGCAUGUCCAGGAAUCGUUUUCAAGAUAUCAAGAGGUUCAUCCAUUUCGGGAACAACUACAAUCUUGAUUCGACAGAUAAAAUGGCUAAGGUAAGACCAUUGUAUAAAGUUAUGAACGCAAAAUUUAUGCAAUUUGGUGUUUGGGAGGAGAAGCUUUCAAUCGAUGAACAAAUGGUUCCAUACUUUGGACGUCAUUCUUGCAAAAUGUUCAUACGUGGGAAACCCAUUCGUUUCGGCUACAAAUUGUGGUGUCUGUGUUCGGCUUCUGGCUACCUUUAUAAUUGUAUACCAUAUGCUGGAGCAGCCGAUAAAUACGACAAGCAGGUUGGAUUGGGAGCAGAUGUGGUUUUACGCUUGCUGGAAAAUGUUGGAUUCUGCGCAACUGGCACCGUACGGGCAAAUCGUAUUGGAGGUGCACAACUUAAAACUGGAAAGCAAUUAGAGAGGGGCAAUCAUGACUACCAAUUUGAUAACAACAAUAAGAUUUUGGUUUGUCGUUGGCAGGACAAUAGCGAGGUUACGAUUGCCACAAACUUCGAACAAAUCAUGCCAAUGGUGCCUGUAAAAAGGUGGAAGAAGCAAAAAUCAAAUUCGAUACCUGAAGAUCCGGUAAUACAAUCGGACCAAGAAAUUGAAGAAAACAUGGCCCAAGACUCGGGAAAUGAGGCAUUAGGUAGCAAAGACAUUCAGGAAAAAUCUAAUGAAAAUAGAAAGGCCAAUGAAACCGAAACAAAAAAGUACAAUUUAAGAACCAGAAACAAAAUGUAA